ACCAAAUCUAAGAAAAAACAAACAUUUAAAUCUUGUAGGAACAUAUUUGAGUAAGAGCUUCUUCUCCGCCAUGGAUUUAGCUUGAAAGGUCUCAACAAAAAACACAAAAUCGUCGAUUUCGCUGCAAAACUCGUUAAACCCAUUUCGCUCCUCGUUGUUAAAAAUGGGUUCUUCUCACAUUCCUCUUGAUCCGUCUCUAAAUCCGUCACCUUCACUAAUCCCAAAGCUCGAACCAGUCACUGAAUCAACCCAAAACUUAUCCUUUCAACUUCCAAACACAAACCCAGAAGCCCUAAUUUCAUCACCCAUCUCCAAUUUCAACGAAAGCACAAACCUUUCCUCAGAUUACAACAACGUCGCCGAGACAUUCCGGUCCGCUUUCGCUCAACGUCUUAAACGUCACGAUGAUGUUACGGUUCUUGAUUCCUUAACCGGAGCAAUCGUACCGGUUGAGGAGAAUCCAGACCCGGAACCGAUUCCGGUUUCUUACUCAACCAAUGACGCUUCACCGUCGGUUGUUGUUACUCGACGGCCUAAGCCACAGCAACGUUCGUCGGAGCUAGUGAGGAUUACUGAUGUUGGACCUGAAGGUGAGAGACAGUUUCGUGAACAUGUGAGGAAGACGAGAAUGAUUUAUGAUUCACUUAGGAUGUUUUUGAUGAUGGAAGAAGUUAAACUUCAUGGGUUUGGUGGAAGAAAAGGUAGACCUGAUAGUAAAGCUGCUUCAUUGAUGAAAGAUUGUAUGUUAUGGUUGAAUCGUGAUAAACGAAUCGUCGGUUCGAUUCCCGGUGUUCAAGUUGGGGAUAUCUUCUUCUUUAGGCUUGAGUUAUGUGUUAUGGGUUUACAUGGACAAACACAAGCUGGGAUUGAUUAUCUUACAGGGAGUCUUAGUUCUAAUGGAGAGCCAAUUGCUACUAGUGUGAUUGUUUCAGGUGGGUAUGAGGAUGAUGAUGAUCAAGGAGAUGUGAUUAUGUAUACAGGUCAUGGUGGGCAAGAUAAGCUUGGAAGGCAAGCUGAACAUCAGAAGUUGGAAGGUGGGAAUCUUGCGAUGGAACGGAGUAUGUAUUAUGGGAUUGAAGUUAGGGUGAUUAGAGGGUUGAAGUAUGAGAACUCGGUUUCUAGUAAAGUUUAUGUUUAUGAUGGGUUGUUUAGGAUUGUUGAUUCUUGGUUUGAUGUUGGGAAAUCUGGUUUCGGUGUGUUUAAAUAUAGGCUGGAGAGGAUUGAAGGGCAGGCUGAGAUGGGUAGUUCGAUUUUGAAGCUUGCUAGGACUCUUAAGACUAAUCCAUUGUCCGUGAGACCGAGUGGUUACAUCAGUUUUGAUAUCUCGAAUAGGAAGGAGAAUGUUCCUGUAUAUUUGUUUAACGACAUUGACAGCGAUCAAGAACCUUUGUAUUAUGAGUACCUUGCAAAAACUUCGUUUCCCCCUGGUUUGUUUGUUCAAAGAAGUGAUAAUGCUAGUGGAUGUGACUGUGUCAAAGGUUGUGGCAGUGGCUGUCUCUGUGAAGCCAAGAAUUCAGGUGAGUUUGCUUAUGAUUAUCAUGGGAAGUUAAUAAGACAGAAACCGUUGAUACAUGAAUGUGGACCGGCAUGUCGGUGCCCUCCAACCUGUCGAAACCGUGUGACUCAAAAGGGUUUGAGGAAUAGACUAGAAGUGUUUAGGUCACUGGAAACGGGAUGGGGAGUUCGGUCUUUGGAUAUAUUACAUGCUGGUGCUUUUAUUUGUGAAUAUGCUGGGGUUGCUUUGACAAGGGAACAAGCCAACAUUCUGACCAUGAACGGUGAUACAUUGGUAUAUCCUGCUCGGUUUUCCUCUGCGAGAUGGGAAGCUUGGGGAGAUUUGUCUCAGGUCCUGGCUGAUUUUGAGCGGCCUUCUUAUCCUGAGAUUCCUCCUGUUGAUUUCGCAAUGGAUGUGUCCAAGAUGAGAAAUGUUGCUUGUUACAUUAGCCACAGUACUGAUCCGAAUGUCAUUGUCCAGUUAGUACUCCAUGAUCACAACAGUCUGAUGUUCCCUAGAGUCAUGCUUUUCGCUGCUGAAAACAUCCCUCCCAUGACUGAGCUCAGCCUUGAUUACGGAGUAGCUGAUGAUUGGACCGCCAAGCUUGCCAUUUGUAAUUAAAAUUCUCCCGUUAAAUGGUGGUUCUUGGCCAUAUUUUUCCAGUUGGUGACAUGAAGAAUGAAGCAAAGGAAUUGUGCAGAAGCUAAGGUUUAAGAAACCCCACUCCUCCCAUUUUGACUUUCAACGUUUGGGAGUCUUUAAGUUUUUUUUUGGGGUAAUAGUGUACAAAACUCAAAAGAUGUUUGUUUUGUCUGUACUGUUUUGCUCUUGUGUUUGUCUCGUAUUUAUCAAGUAAAACAAAUGUUAACCA